UAAACAAGUAAAUUAAGAUUCGCCUGCGGAAAUAUCUGAUUCUCUACAAAUAUUUAGUGAAGCGAUUGCUUGGGAAGACUUUUAAUUCAAGUAAAAUAUCAGUAAAACUAACUCACCAAUUUGGUACCUAUAAUAUUAUUAGCCUAUACAUUUUUUUUGGCCAAUGCAAGAACAGUUAAACUCAAAGUAUUAUUGUAAUCACACCAGCUGACAGACAAGUGACUUAUUACGCGUUUCCUGUCUACGCGGAAGUACCCAAGUGCGCAGGUGCGAGGUUCAUUUUAUUGUGUUAAAAAAAACAUCUAUAUGCGCGACAACAUAUAUUUACUUUAAUGGAGAAGAGUCGCACAUGAGACCCUCUGAGGCCGGAACGUUAACCUUCUACAUGUGAGUGGUUAUAACGCCAAGAGGAUUCUCCUACACUAAGGGGAGGCAGCUCAACAUGGAAGACUGUUUGCACACCUCGUCGGACAACCUGGCCAAGCUGGUCAAGUGGGCACACAGCCAUGGAACCAUCUGCACGCUCAUCCCCAGUCUCAAGCACCUGCUUACCGAGGGUGCCCACGGCAACCUCACCGCGCUCUGGGGUUGCAGCGCAGGCCACGCCUACCACUGGCCACUGACUGCCACCUGUAAGAGCAGCCAGAAGGAGCGAGUCUGUUACCCGAACAGCCGGAGCAUCAAUGCGGAGAACCUUAUGCAGGGCACCACAGGUGGCUCAGGCAGCCAGAGGGAGCGAUUUCUGGAGCAUGCCAGCAAGGGGAAGGGGAAUUGCGGACAGGCGGGCGACUCAUGUGACUUCUCUAACUGCAGCGAGCCCUCGGAGGCGGACGACAAUGUGGAGGAGUAUAACAGCAGCCUGUUCGACAUCGUCUGCGAGUCGUCCGCCACGGACGAGGAUGGUGACUCCGAGCCCCACCAGCAGCAUGCGCCACUUCGCAAGAGGACAAUCCCCGGGGUAGGAGCGGCAGAGGAGCGUGCCGGGGACCCCGCCAUUAAGAAGAUCAAGCAGGAGACAUCGGAGGACUACUACACAGUGGCCAAUGCCCAGCUAGCUGCGGGCUCCGAAGGAGGCCCCUCAUCUACAGUCGUCUCUCAGUCGCCACGGCCAAGCUCCCAUACGCGUCCCUCGUCCCUCUCCUCUCUGUCCCACAAACCAUCGUCGAUGGAUGGAGACUCCCUGGGGGUCUCGCCCUUGCCCACGGGCAGCAGCUCUUCCCCGCACCCCCAGUCCAUGGUCCGACCCAUGCGUGCCCCUCUCCACAGUGCCCAGAGCAAAGCGCCCAGUCAGAGUUCGAGCGCCCCUGCCGGAGCCUUACACCUGCCCAGCAAGAGUGAGCUUCUGGACAGGAUGCCGGGGGAUGAGUUGGCCAAGUCCUCGGUGCCCUAUGGAGACCUGGGCACAGCGAUAAACACAGACCUGGACCUGAUGGCAGCACAGACCUUAAAUGCAGACUCCAGAGCAGAUGCCUCGGAUAUGGAGGACCGUUCAGAAGCUAACCGUGAGCAGAAUGAGAAGACCAUCCGCAGCACCCAGACGGCCCUCCGCAACUUCCGCGAUUUCCUGAUCUCCAAGUAUCCCACAGAGACCCGGGAGAUCUACUGCAUCCCGCCCGAGGAGUUGGACGCCUAUCUGUCCUCCUUCUUCGUGGAUGCCCGACAGAAGGACGGCUCAGAGUACGAGCCCAACAGCCUGGCCAACUACCAGUGCGGCCUGGAGCGCUACCUGAAGGAGCAGCGCUACAACUACAGCAUCACACGAGACAAGGAGUUCAGGCGGUCACAGGAGGCCCUGAAGCAGAAGCAGCUGGAGCUGAAAUUCAAGGGGAAGGGCAACAAACCUCACAAGUCGAUGAAGCUGACAGUGGCUGAUGAGCUGCUGCUCAGGAAGAGGGGUCUGCUGAGCCGGUACAACCCCGAGGGGCUGCUCAACUUGGUGUGGCUCAACAACACCAAGGCAUUUGGGCACUGCACAGGUUUCCACAGCUCCACGCUGAAAUGGGGCGACAUUCGGCUCAUCUCCUCCGAGUCGGGACUCGAGUGCCUGGAAUGGACCUACCAGGAUCUGAGCGAUAUCAAUAACAAGACCCGGCGCUCAGGCACCGAGUGCCGCAUCUACGCCACGCUGCAGAACCCCCAGACUUGCCCCGUGCAGGACUACAAGGAGUACGCACAGCGGAGGCCCCAAGCCAUGCUGUACGAGGACGCCCCCUUCUACCUGUCAAUCAAGCCCGUGGUGAACCUGGCUGCGCUGCACUGGUUCAACUGCCAGGCGCUGGGCAAGAACAAGCUGGCCAAGAUGGUGAAGACCAUGUGCGAGAAGGGCAACAUCCCGGGGAGGAGGACCAACUUCAGCGUGUACCAGAGCUGCAGCACUCUGUCUGAGGCCCAGAGCAAUCAGCUGGUGCUCAUCUGCAACAACCUCAGCCAACAGGGCGGUCAGUCCAUGGGCAGCCAUGCCGGCACCACUAACUUCGUCAUUGCCGGAUCCUUCGACCCUGCCGAUGCCAUGUAGUCGGCCCUGAAAGGGGGAGACUGACCAGCGGUCAGAAAGCACUGUGAUUUAUGAGGUCCAAGGGGAGAGAAAGCAGAAAAUCUUAGGUUAGCCUUGGUCAUCUUCCAUGUUGUUGUCCUCCGACAAUGUUAUGCUCCAUUGACAUAUUUGACAUUGAAAGGCGCAGUCCGUAAUUCUAAUCCAGUGCGCUUUCUGUCAAAUUCAGGGAAUUGCUCCUCAUGGUCAUCUAACUGUCUGUUAUGUGUGUGCUCUCAAAAAAACUCAAGUGGUCGUAUACAGUCCUGGUUCUGUAAAUAUGAAACAAACAAAGUGGCUCAGAGUGAGCCAUACGCUAUUCCAGCCAAUCAACACUUUGCUAUGGGAGCCCUGGAGGGACGGAUGUAAUUUGAUUGGCUCUUGAGCUCAAAUAUCAUCAACCUUUCGCCAGAAUCGCAUACUGUACCUUGAAGUCUCUUUCAUGUUGUUGUUGCACUCCUUGAGCAUAUAAAUGAAAGAAUCCUAUUUUGGUGCUAACUAGUGACAAUGCAUAUGCAGUAUGUAUCAGUCCCUCCAGGAUUUUGCAUCAAAUUCACGUAUAUUGCAAGGAUUUUGCACAAUUACAGAUUGCAGUUUUCUCUUAUUGCCACAAAAAAAAAGAACAAAUACAUGGAAUCUGUAUUAUUGGGCGCAAUUUCAACCGCAACUUUUGAGAAUUCCCGCCACAAAUACAGUUACUUUUGGCCGCAAAGUUUUCACAAGAUCCUGGCUGGAUCACAAUUUUUAGGGAUUCCUGCAGGAAGUUGAACAACAACACUCAAAAUCAUCGCAAUUUUGGGAAUGUUUGAGAAACAUUGUGCAACAUUUUGCAAGAUCUUGGAAGGGCUGAUGUAUACACUAUGUGUAAUCCACUUGUACUUUGUCUUCAUGUUAAGUGUUAUAUGUUUUUGUAUUUACUGAAAUAGCACUGUUAUAAAUGCUUUGCCUUUUUGCCCAAUUUCUUAAGUGCAUUUAUAUCAAGUGAUUUACGGACAACAUUGCCUGCGCAAAUUGAUUAAAAAAAUGUGCAUUACUACAACAAAGUAUUAUUCAAUAU